AGAAAUUGAAUGUGAAAAGCAAAUUUGGAGGUGCAUUUAAAAGUUACCUAAAGUUUUUUAUGUAACGGUGGGCAGUGGGGGGCUGCUGUGGAAUACGACAAAACAGCAAUAGCCUCCGAUUUUUUGUACUUUCAAUUAUCCUUCGAUUGGUUCACAUUUCGGCUGCUGAAAAAAAAAAAGAAAAACCGUAGGGAAAGAAGAGAGAGUUCCGUUGCUCGACGUCUCUCUGUCUCUCGUCGAGUGAAAUAACUAAGCAUGGCCGUCGUCGGAGUAUUAGCUUUACAGGGGUCUUUCAACGAACACAUAGCAGCGUUAAGGAGGCUAGGAGUGAAAGGAGUGGAGAUAAGGAAGCCAGAACAGCUUCAAAGUAUCAGCUCGCUUAUCAUUCCUGGUGGAGAAAGCACCACCAUGGCUAAGCUUGCGGAGUUUCACAAUCUUUUUCCAUCUCUGCGUGAGUUUGUGCAAAUGGGGAGGCCAGUUUGGGGUACUUGUGCAGGUCUUAUAUUUUUGGCAAACAAAGCUGUUGGACAGAAAGAAGGAGGACAGGAAUUAGUUGGGGGCCUGGAUUGCACUGUCCAUAGAAACUACUUUGGCAGUCAGAUCCAAAGCUUUGAGGCCGAGCUUUUAGUACCUGAACUUGCAUCCAAAGAAGGUGGCCCUGAUACAUUUCGCGGUGUUUUCAUCCGUGCUCCUGCAAUCCUCGAAGUGGGGCCAGAAGUUGAAGUGCUGGCUGAUUAUCCUAUUCCAUCAAAACAAGUGCUAUACUCGAGUUCAGCUGUUGAAAUCCAAGAGGAGUAUGCUGUGCCUGAAAAGAAAGUGAUAGUUGCUGUAAAGCAAGGAAACUUGCUAGGGACUGCUUUCCACCCUGAGUUGACUGCAGACACUAGAUGGCAUAGUUACUUUUUAAAGAUGGCAAGCGAAGCUGGAGAGGAAACAUCGAAUACAAUUGUUGCAGUCAGCAGAGUGAGUCCAAGUUCUGACCAACAAACAAGAUAUGAUCUACCUAUAUUUCAAUAAUCAAUUUCGGCAAUGAUAUUAUGUGUCUUUUCAGUUUUGUUUUCUUUCUAUUACUUCCUGUUCUGUUUUCUCCUCAUUGCUUAAUAAUGUCUCCGCGAUUGUGAAUGUUUAAUAUCUUUCAAAAGGUUGGUCUCUAUUUGAUUUAGGUGAAAUUUAGUUUCGAGACAGAUAAAAAUGUUUGGUCCUAUAUGGUAAAUAUAAUUUAUACUUUUCAUCUGUUUCUUGAACUAAUAUGUAGCUUUAUUUAGGCUCUGAUUAAUCGAUGCUCUUGCUAUUUGCUCAAGUGACACACCCUCUUUGCACCUUUUACUAUCAUUAUAAGAAGUCAUAGGGAAAAUACAUUACUUUCCCUAAAACACUAUAUCAGCGAGAUUGUUUACUGUAGUGAUAAAAUUAAAAUCAGUAAGUGGGAAUAUGUGUAUGAACGCAAACACAUUGGUAGUGGUGAGAUUGAGUAUCAAAGUUGACCGUCUGAUCAACACCAAUCCAUUGACAUAAUUGAAAAUUUUCUUUUAUUUCAAUUUUACACUAAUAAGACAUUCGACCAUCCCUAGGAUUCAAUGAACCAUUGAAUCCUUUAUCAUGACUGAAGGAACUGUACAGUUGAAAAUUCUCAACCUAUCCAAAUACAUCCCACAAUACUGUUAAGGGAAAAAAAUGCACCCUAAAGCUUCUUGCUGAUGUUUCAAAGCCCACAUUUUCAACCCUUUAUUGUUGGUCCUGUUUUUGAUAACCAUGGCAAACUCAGCACAAGAUUUUUUACAAUGAAAAAGACUGGGAUUGCCUACACCUGAUCCAUAACCAG